AUGGUCACAGUGUCUCUGGAGCCUGGCCAGCAGGUCUCCCACACCCAGGCUGUCAAGCAAGAUGGUUACCAUCCUGUGUUUGAUCACGAGGUGGAGCUCAUGGUAUCCGACAGUCCCCUGCACAUCCUGACUUUCGAGGUGGUUGACACUCCCACAGGCAGAACCAUGGCCAGGAGUGCUGUUAUACUCGAUGCCGUGCGAGAGGGCUUCCGCUGGCUGGCUCUGUACAGUCCACAGGGCCACAGCAUCCCAAGAUGUGGCCUGCUGCUGAAGGUUCAAUUUCUGCCUUGA